CUGCCCAACGCCUCCUCCCUACCGUCCGCUUCCGUGACCGCCACAUCCGAAGAUGAGUCCUCUUCACCGGAGAGGACAGCGACAGGCCUCGCGUCGAUCAUCCCAGGUGGCGCCGCCUCACUGGAUGCUAUCGGUAUCACAGCUACCCAAAUGUUGUCUUCGAACACUGCACCAGAGCUAUCCCAACGUCUUCGCGGCAUAGAUAGUCUGGCAACGUUCGAAAAUCUGGAAAGCGCAUUGUCGUGCACACUUGGUACCGCAAGUAUGCGGCCAAGCGUGAUUCGCGACGAUGCGUCGACACAACGAGACGAUUUGUCGAGUGUAUGCGGUAGUAGCGCAUUGUUUCAUGUCGGUACUCCACCGCUGUUCAGUCCGUUGCCCACGUCAGAUUCGGAAUUCGAUCAGGUGCCUAGUUAG